AUGGCGAACAAUCGAGUCAAAACGCCGUUUGAACGCAAAUCUUCUGAAUCUCAGUCACUGGACGCGGUGGGACCCCACUGCGAGAACUCCGCCGUCGAAGUCCACGUGAAAGUAAGGAACGCCGGAGACAGAGAGGGGAGCCACACGGUGCUUCUGUUCACGAAGCCGCCGUUUGUACACAGAUCGCCGGAUAAGCAGCUGUUGAGGUUCGAGAAGGUUCGGCUGGGGAAGAGUGAAGAGGCCGUGGUGAGGUUUAAGGUGGAUGUGUGUAAAGAUCUGAGCGUGGUUGAUGAAAUGGGGAAGAUGAAGAUCGCUUUGGGGGAGCAUCUUCUCCAUGUGGGAAGCUUGAAACACUCCUUGCACGUUAGCAUCUGA